AUGUAUCUCCAGCAGCGGACCGAGGUCUGGUCGAUCGACUUCGAUGGCGUCCACACCUACGGCGAGAUCUAUCGUCAGCAGGAGAUCGAACACUGUAUCUACAACUUCGAGUUGGCCGACGUCGAGCGCCAACGGACACUAUGCGAUCUCUACAACGCCGAGGCCGAGGCCUGCAUCGAGCGCGGCCUCGUUGCGCCCGCCCACGACUAUGUGCUGCGCCAGAGCCAGGCUUUAACAUCCUGGACACACGAGGAGCUAUCGGCGUUACCGAACGUGCCAAAUUCUUUGCCGCAAUGCGCAGCCAGGCACGCCGCAUCUCCGAACUGUACGUGGAACAGCGGCUGCACCAGGAAUAUCCGUGGCUUGCGGACGGCAAAGAGCACGGAGAGGACGAAGGAAAAUCAAACCGGAGAAAAGACGUCACAACUGUUCAGGUAUCCGAGCCUCAAUCUCUACUCAUUGAACUGGUAG